AUGCAGUCAUAUCUGCAGUAUCGGCGAUUGGGAAGUGCCGUUAGUAAACAGCUGGCGGAUUUUUCGGUGGAUGAUUAUGAGAAGGAACAAGCACAGUACCAUUAUCAACAACAGCAACAGCAAGAUGGUACUUCGGCUCCAAGCCAAGAACUUAAAGCUCAGAAUGAAACUUCGGGGUCCUCGAGCGAUUCAGAAUCCGGUGAUGAGUCUGCGACGAAGGAUUUGAGGUCUAGCCAGGAGCAAGAUAUAGCUGGAUCCAACGGGUUUUUGGCGAAGAGUCAUACGCGAAAAUCCGAGAAAACAGCGAUUGCAUACUCGCUUCCUGGUGUUACUGUUCGUGAUAUUGAUGAUGCGACGGAUUUGCCUCGUCGAGUCUUUAUUGUGGCUUGGGAUGGUGUGAAUGAUCCUCAGCAUCCGCGGAACUGGAGUAUGGCCGCUCGCUUGUGGGCGACGUUCAACGUUUCUCUACUCGCCUUCAUUGUUACGGCUGCUUCGUCUAUUAAUUCGGGCAUUCUACCUCAGAAUAAUGCUGCUUAUGGUGUCGGUGAUGUUGUUGGAUCUCUAGUGGAUGGUCUCUACCUUAUUGGCUUCGCACUCGGCUCUCUAUUCAGUGGUCCACUCUCCGAAAUCAUGGGUCGCAAUCUAGUCUACGCAGGUUCUCUAAUCAUCUUCAUGAUCUUCGUCAUGGGCGCAGCUCUAGCUCCCAACAUCGGCGCCCAGCUCGCAUUCCGCUUUCUAUCCGGUUUCUUCGGCUGUCCACCCCUAACCUGCGCAGGCGGCACAAUCGCCGACCUAUGGAAUCCACUUGAAAAAACCUUCGCCUUCCCAUUUUACGCCUUCAUCUCCUUCGGAGGCCCUGUUCUCGGACCCGUAAUAGCAUCCUACAUGGGCCAAACAGGUGUUCUAUCCUGGCGCUGGAGCGCAUGGAUCAUACUCAUCGGUUCCGGCGCUGUCUUCUUCCUAAUAGUCCUCUUUCAACCGGAGACAUACGCCCCACUCCUACUCCAAUGGAAAGGAAAACAGCUCCGCAAAAUAACAGGAGACAAGCGAUUCCGAUCAGAGAUGGAUCUUCAGAAAAUCGCCCUUUUCACUCGCAUCGGCGGAGCCAUGAAGCGACAAUUCCUAAUCACCAUCCAUGAACCUAUCAUCCUCCUUAUAUCCCUCUACAUGACAGUAUUGUACAUUGUUCUCUUCACUUUCUUCGACGGAUACACCUACAUCUUCACAGAUACCUAUAAUCUCUCCCAAGGAAUGACAAACAUAAUCUGGGUAGCGAUGUACAUCGGUAUCUCUAUCUCAGCUCUCCUCGUCUUACCCAUCUACUCCAAAACCAAGAAAGAUUUCACUUCCGCCGCGAAAGCAGUCAAUAGGCCCGACCCAUCAGUUGACAGCCACGCAUUAGAUAACGUGCCCACUGAACCUGAAAUCAGACUCUGGUUCGCUAUCGUCGGCGCACCAUUUAUUCCUAUCUCGUUAUUCUGGAUGGGAUGGACAGAUUACUCUUCUGUCUCGAUGUGGUCGCCUAUUAUUGCGUCGGCGGCUUUUGGGUUCGGAACUAUUUGCGUCUUUAUCAGUUCGUAUAUGUAUGUCAUUGAUUCUUAUGAUAUUUAUGCGGCGUCGGCGCUGGGAUUUAUGACUGUUUCGAGGUAUUUGGCUGCGGGGGGGAUGACGGUUGUGGGAAUGCCGUUUUAUAAGAAUUUGGGGGUUCAUUGGACUUUGACUGUCUUGGGGUGCAUUAGUGCUGUGAUGGUUCCCGUGCCUUAUGUUUUUUAUAAGUUUGGGCCUGUUAUUAGACGGUGGAGUAAGUAUGCUGUUACGAAUGAGGUUGCUGUUUAG